UCGAAGCGUUAGUCGAAUAUAUAUUAUUGUUGUUUUAUCUCAAACACAACAGUCAUCUACCUCUCCCACACCAUUCAUACUGCUUGCCUCUUGACGAGAGAAGCCAUCCUCAUACAUCUUCACUUCAUUUACCCCGAUUUGGUCGGCACUGAGUCCCUAGAAGCGGACAUUGAUUCAAUAUGCCCGGCCGUCUCCUCUCUAGCCUUGUUCGCCCACAUGUCCACCACCACACCUCCUUCUCGUCGCACUCCAACUCCUCCUCAUCCACUUCCGUUAACGAGAUCUCGACCAACACAGUGGCUGCUAAGAAACCCUCUGCAAACGUGCAUGAAAGAGCACGCUCUCCAGAGCGUCGCUUGUCUUCCGCGGUCGAUCAUCUAAUACAUCCCCACAGGGAUCAUAGCAAGGAGAAGCGCCGCAGCCAUGGGCGUUCAUCCCGUUCAAAAGAGCGCCUAGGCGAUCACACCACGAAUGCUGCUGCCAAGCUAGACGUCGUUGUUGAGUCGCCCCCACUUGUCUGCUACGGUAGUCCGGCAAACUCAACGGGUGCGCUGUUCUCCGGCCGUCUGAAGAUCACCGUCUCGGAAACGGUGGACUCGAUUUCUCUAGGGAAGGUUAAUAUGAGCUUAAUGACCAAAAUGACAACGAAGAAACCGGUCUCGAGAGAAUGCCCUAGCUGCGCCUCACGUACUGAAGAGUUGACUCACUGGAACUUCUUGACAGAACCACUUCACUUGAAGCCUGGCGACCACGAGUUCCCCUUCAGCUAUCUCUUUCCCGGUAACCUACCGGCUUCCUGCAAUGGAUCCCUGGGGAAGAUUGAGUACUACCUCUCUGCCAACGCGCAGAGCUUCACUGGUGAAGAAUUCACGUUCCAGAUGCCUCUGCACAUUAAGCGCGCCAUUCUAUCCGGAAACGACAAAUCUUCAAUCCGAAUCUUUCCUCCAACCAACCUCACGGGCCGUAUCGUUCUUCCCUCUGUUGUUCAUCCCAUUGGGACCUUCCCCGUCCAGAUGACUCUUAGUGGAGUCGUGGAUAAGGGUGAGGAGACUCAGACCCGUUGGCGAUUGCGCAAAAUGAUGUGGCGGAUUGAAGAGCACCAGAAGAUCGUCUCCCAAGCCUGCCCCAGACACGCCCACAAAAUUGGUGGUGAGGGCAAGGGCGUUCUUCACCAGGAGACUCGGAUCAUCGGACACAACGAGGAGAAGGAGGGUUGGAAAACAGACUUCGAUACUGCUGGUGGUGAGAUCAGCAUGCAGUUCGAAGCUAGCAUUAAUCCCACCUGCAACCCAGUGUGUGAUCUUGAAGCCUCCGGUGGGCUGGAAGCCAAACACAACCUUGUUAUUGAGUUGAUCGUCGCCGAGGAGUUCUGCCCUAACCGCAACACCAGGCUUAUCACGCCUACGGGCGCAGCGCGUGUGCUUCGCAUGCAGUUCCAUUUGCACGUCACUGAACGCAGCGGUCUCGGCAUCAGCUGGGACGAGGAGAUGCCUCCGAUGUAUGAGGAUGUUCCCGCUAGCCCCCCUGGCUACACGAUCCCCGACGGAAACAGUGUCAUGGAAGACUAUCUCGGCUCGCCACUCCCGCUGCCAGAAUACGAAGAAUUGGAACGCAUGGACUCCCUUCGACUAGACAGUGAAUCCACACACUCUUCCGCUCGUUCAACUCUCUCAAUUCGCGGACGAUCUCGAUUUACCAACGACGAUCUCACUGCCGAGCCAAUGGAACUCGGAACAGUCGGUAGCCGCAACCGAGCCUCAUCCGCCAAUUCUCGGGCAUCUCGAGCAUCCGAGUAAAGCCACACUACACCCAACGUGAGUAGACCAUACAUUUUCGGUCUAGCUCUUUCUCUCAUUCUGCUUUCUUCCAACACUCACGAUGUUACGACUCACUCAUGACCGAAUGACCUCGACCUAAAACCCGAGAAACAAAUGCCAAAUCUCUUUCAACCCUAUCAUGACUCACGGACACUUAAUUAACUACGUUGCCUUUCUUUUGCAUUAGAAAACAUAUUUGGAGAAAACCGGGGCUCAGAAAAAGUUUUUUUUCUUUUGUACCUUUUUGCAUUUCCUUCCCUUAUACUACUGGUUGGACGAAGAUAUCCUUUUUUCAUGAUACCCAUCAUUUGCUGAGGGUUUUGACCUUGAAUAAUUAAUUGUUAUCGCCUCUCUAUACUAUACC